AGAUUUAUGUCCUGUGCGGGCUCCCGUAAGAAUGCAACACCGGGAGAAGUUCCCUGGGAAACACGGACACUUAAGGAGGGAGUUUUAAACAGUGUCCCGAAUCGGGACUUGGAACGAAACUAUUUUAUAGCACACCUUGUAAAGAAGUGAACUUGGAAAAGUGAAGAGAAAGCUGGCACCGGCGUACCUGUGGUAGUCAAGGUGGACCCGGCGUGACUGAGCAAUGGAAAGAAAUUCUGAGUACCAGGAUAAUGAAAGCAGCAUCUCGGCAGGUUCUGACAGCUCCCCAGGCAUGGACAGGAAUCCCUCUCCCCCAGCCAGUGAUGAUGAGGAUGAUCCAGUUGAUGACGCCAUUGGAGACACAGCCUACAGCAAGCACUGGCUCGUCAGAACACUGACAAAGCUCAUUCAGCCCCUAUCAAAUCAGCAUGAAAAUGCAGAAGGAGCAGAUGAAAGCAGUCAACCAGAUUUGGAUGAGGAUAUUGAGAACGAGAUCUGCAAAGUCUGGGACAUGUCAAUGGAUCAGGAUGUAGCUGCUUUUCUGCAGGAAUUUAAAGCGGCAGACAUCUUACUGGAGGUCAUCGUUAAGUCUCGUUGUCCUAGAUUGACGGAAAUCUGUGUUGGCAUUCUUGGCAAUAUUGCUUGCUUCCCAGAGACCUGCCAGUCCAUAAGCAGAAAUGAUGACCUUGGGGAGGUGCUGCUGCUGCUAUUAGGAGAUUCAGAUCCUCCAACACUUCUGGAAACAAGCAGAUUGCUGUUGACAUGCUUGUCUCAACCAGACGUCUGCCCUUGCUGGAUAGAGCGGAUAAAAAAUCAGAAAACUGUGUGUGAGAACAUCUGCUUCAUCAUGUCAAGCUCUACUUGUGUGGAUUUACUUGUGAAGGUGGGAGAGGUAGUAGACAAGAUGUUUGAUUUGGAUGAAGAGUUGAUGAGGCACUGGAUUGGGAAUGCUGCUGAGGCAUCAACUGGAAACAACUGUGAAGAUGAAGAGCCUAAAGCAAUUGUUGAUACCUUGGGUAUUGCUCCAUGUUUGCUUGAGGCAAUCAAGCAACUGAGGCAUGAAAGCCCUGAUGGACUUGAGGUUUAUAUGCAUAUUUUGCAGCUUCUUACUACUGUGGAUGAGGGUAUCCAAGCUAUAGUGGUGUCUGCAGAGAUAGGUGAAAACACAUGGAGUCUGCUCUGCAACAUAGUGUGUAAUGACCUUUGUCAGCCUGAUGACCCUCCUAUUGUUAUACUGGAACAGAAGAUUCUGUUGGCAUCGAUACUGUCUGUAUUGUCAGCCAUGUUCGCUUGUCAGUCCCAGCAUGCCUACAGCAAGAUGGACAGAAACCUGAAACUGAUAGGCAGUCUAUUCAGAGUGCUGCAGUAUCUGCGGGAGUGUCAGAAGAGGGAGACCAAUGAACAGAGUAAAACAGAUGGGGUUCAAGAGGAACAGAUGACCAUCCUUCAGGAGACCUGUUGUGAAUUCCUCUCCAACAUUCUUACAGAACUACCCAAGGAGACGACACUGGAACUAAUCCAGGAAGGUUAUCUGAGUGAGGAGUCUUGCAAUACAGCCUUUCAGAGCUUGCUGCCUCUGUACAGCUCUGCGAUGCAGCAUUUCUUUGGUGUGCUCAUGGAUGUAAACAAGAAGCUAGCUAUGAACCUUCUGAAUGAAUUCCCCAUCCUUAAACCUUGAAGAUAAUAUUUGAAACUACCUGUGUUGGACAAAGCUCGACCUCCUGGUUCGGUACCAUUUCAGCUACUUCCUAAACAAAGAUGAAUCAACAUUUUCAUUAAUGUUGUCUAUUGACACCAUCCAUGCCAUGCAGGUUUUUAUUCCCAACUACCCAUGAGCUAAUCCUCCAACUUUUGUUGAUUUUUCCUUUUCAGACUGGAUUUCUGUUUUUCAAUCUCUUGGAAUACUGUUGACACUCUAACUAGACUCAUUGAAGUUUGCAUUUGUGGACACAUACAUACUUUUUUUUUAUUAUUAAAUAUGACAGACUUUUGUGUUUGUUCAGACUGGUAGUGACAAUUAAGGUCUUUUCUGGGAAACAGAAGGAUCUUGAAGUGAAUAAGCGGCUGCUUUAAAUUCUGCUUUGUGUGGACAAACUUGAUCAGAAAGGCAAACACAUAGCCCACAAAAUAUCUACCAAAAAUAUUAUGUAGAUAAAAAGAUGGAUGAUGAGACUUAGUGUCUGAAUGGUUUUCAAUGUAGCCAGCUACACUGGAAUAUCUUAUUGAAUUUAUCCUCUAUCAUGAAUAAUUAAGGACUCAUUUUGUGGACCUUUUUAUUUUAGAAUGUUUAGCUCCUAUAUUUUUUAAUUGCUUAUGGAAUUAGCUGAAUCCAUCAGACUCCCAAAGUUUAUUAACAUGUACUGAUAACCAUCAACUGUCAAGGUGGUUUGUAAAAAGAGACUGUUUGUUUUGCAAACUUGAAAUGUAUGAUCUGUGAAAUUUGUUUUUAAAUGGGUUUGUCUUUAAAGAGUUGUGGUACAACGAGUCUAGUUUAAUACUUGUGAUAGGCAUCAUAAAGUAAGAGCCUAUUAGCUAAAAUUUGUAUGCUUGACCAAAAUGUACAGUACUGUUAAAGAAGGGCUUGAGCUGCAUUGCUCUUUACAGUUGUGAAACCUAUUAAAUGAGUGUUUACUCUAGAUGUGA